AAAGUUGCAUCCUGAGAUAUUUCCAGCUUCACAGGGUUUUAGCAUGAAAACAACCCAAAACGUCAAGUUUUGGAAUAAGCCCCUCAGAAACUAAAGUCGGAGGCUUUUCUCCAGACUCACUGCUGACAGUCAACAAAGCAAAUCAUUAUGACAGCAGCGUCUAUAUACGAGGAAUGCAUAACCACAAAACAUGUAGUAAAGGGGUGUGACUUUUUCUGGAAAUUACUAGUAGUGUUAUCACCGUUUUACAGUAAAGAUAUUUUCAUUUCAGUGACUAACUAACAAACUACACAAAACGCUUAUUUUUGAUAAUCCGACUGUUCAAAGUUGAACUUUAGAGCACUUUUCAUUCCUUAUUCCUGUAAUGUAAAUCUGCAGUUUGUUGCAUGUUCAUGCCUGUUGAAGGCAGUAGUUAGGUUGGGUGGGAUUCAUAGGUCAAGUUACGUCACGAAAUAAUGUGCUCUAUACAUCACAUGGUGAAGACAGAAUAUUAAAAGAUUGACUUCCUUUUUUCAGACGCAUUCAGUCUUAAUCAUAAUCCCAGCUAUUGAACAUGGACAUGCAGUAGCUUUGUCCUCGGUCAGAGGCCCGCUAGCAGCAGCAAAUGCCUUUCACCUCUCUGUUAAUGAAUGUUUGUCUGCUGCGUUUACUUGAGAUGCCCCACUGCUCAAACAGCUAACAGAUCAAGACAUGCACAUGCAGUAGGUCCUUCUCGAUUGAAAUAGUUUGAGCACUGAUGAGUGAAAGAAUAACUAUGCUGUGCUCACUUGUGACACAGGUGGUCAGCUGGCAAUUUGAGUAUCAAGUGUAGAAUGAUUAAAGCUGACAAAGUCCUGUUCAAGAUUACAUUUGAAAAGAACAUCAAAAAUAAGGAAAUUCAAAAUUUGAUGUGCAAAAAAUACUCAAAUGGGAUCACUUGACCAUGUUCAAAUGUGUAUUUUAUUUUGAAGGGGGAUUCAUUGCUGCAUCUUCUCUCCAAAUAAACGGUUCAAUUCUAUUUGACAAUUAGUAUGUUGAAAGGUGUGACAAACUUUAACCAAUGCUAUAGUUAAUGUCUCUGCAAACAGUCCAUUUCCAUGCAGUAAUUCUGACUGCCAUCUGCUGGCCGAGACUGCAACAUAGCAUGUCAUGAAAUGUACAUUACAGGCAAUGACAAUCAGUCACAAAAUACUGACAUCUGCAUUUUAUCAUUGAUAUGACCAUUUUUCCAGAACAAGACUUUGCUUCAAACCAUUUUUUUUAAAUAGCACAUCCCAACUGCAGAUGUAUACCACAGUGUUAAUGAUUAUCGUUCUGUGUUUCAUUUGCUUUAGGGUUUGUGCUUUGCAUUUGCUUUGACUUCAAUCAAUACAUUUAUCGAAUAUUUAUAUGAAAUCGGGACCAAGAGUAAAAAUUUGCUUCUGCUUUGUUCGCGCUGCACUGUUUUGACCCUUACGAGUCACCAUCGGCCGAGCAACACACGUGAUCCAGUCAGUUGACAGGGCAAAACACGGCAGUUGAUCAGAAAGACAAGGCGAUAUGGACCAUCAUCGGGUUGACAGGGUGGGCCUUCUGUCUCCCCUGGAGGAGUCCAGCGCUGAGAUAAGUCGGGACAGCGGCAUCGUGUCGCAAAGCGCGAGCAGCUUGUCCAUGGUGAGCGAAAUCCUCAGCAGCGGCACCGUGUCGCAGAGCCCCAGCUUUGGCGCAGCCGCCAACGGUAUUCCUCAAAGCCCGAGUCUCAGCGAGGCAGCGGAGCCCGGGACACCCGACCAGCAGUACCCGGAGCAGGACGACGAGGUCCUGAGACACACCGCCCUCAGCUACUCCUCCUACAUCAAGGCGACGGCUGGAGAAGAGAUACUGUGCUUGGACAAGAGCUUGGAAGAAAUGCUGACGAGAGUAGAUGAGUUUGUUGGAAUGCUGGAUAUGAUCCGUAAUGAUACCUCCCAGAUAGUGAAUGAAAACCUACCUCAAAUCCAGCAGAAGUCGGAUGAAAUGAGACAAAUAUACAGAAGAAUUGAUAAGUUAGAGGCCUUUGUGAAGAUGGUGGGGGCCAACGUCAAUGCAAUGGAGGAGCAGGUCACGCAGGCAGAGGGAGACCUAGGAACACUUCCGGGUGCUUUCAAGAAGAUCCUCCGCACAAUGAGUGUACCGGGCUUCUUAAACAAACCGGCCAGCCCAAGGAGACCAGCACCACAUCAGCGUCAAGAGAUCCCCAGUGUGUUCCAGACGGACGAUUAUUUCACAUCCCAGCCAGAGCAGUGACGCGCUAAAACAUUCAACACAUCACGUGGUUCUAACCUCAGAGGCCUGUUGGGUGAAACUUGUAGAGACAACUUUUACUGCCAUCCAUUGCAAGAGGAUCUUUUGGUGCGGCGGCCUCAAACAAAGCAAUAGCAGCCUUUUCUGAGCAAGUCACUGGAAGUGGAGUGUGGGAAGACUGCGUUUUUUGAGUGUCAUUUUCCUGGCAGUAAGAGCACUGAACUGUAGCAAAAUGAUUUUAAAAGUGCCUAAAUGGGUCCUAUCUCUGUCAACGACGUCAGAUAUCCGAUUUGUGACGAGCCAGGAGGACAAAGUCAUCCCACUUGCCAAUAUGAUGGCGUAAACAAGGCACAACGGAAGUAUUUGUGAAGAUCUUAAGAUGUAUUGCAUAAAGAAUUAACCCAGCUUUGUUUUUUUUUUAUAAAUUACAUUCCUGUUACUGGGGUUUGUAAAAACGUGCACGCUGUUAAUUAAUUCAUCUGUAUUUCUAAUGUCUCAUCACUCUCCCCGAGCAAUAUGGAUCUCAUCCAGUUCAGCAUAUAAUGUCUCCCAUUUUCAUAAUAUUUGCUUUGUUGUUAGCCUGAGUUACUGGCUGUGGAUGACAGUUGCCUCAUUGACAUGGGGCUACAUAUUUGAUAGCACCUUUUCAAUAAAAGCACACUAUAGUUGAGUUGUUGGUGUAUAGUUCAUGAUGAAAGUUUGGGCCAGGCUUGGAGCCUCGAUGGAGUUUUCUAACAAUAACUGGAGGUUGCUUGGAUCUCGUUCAUGGGAGACGAUACCUAUGACUUAUUUGAUUCUUUGUUUGCCAAAAUAGUUAGGAAUAAAGAUGUUAAGUUUGGUAUGUGUUUUUUAAUAACCAGACUAAUAAAAGACUAAUUUGAGACAAGUUUAAAUGGUUUGAUUCUUUGAGCCCUGAGUUCAGUUUUUCAGGCAGAUUUGCUUUUAGUCUGCAUACAAAUCCCGCCUCCUUUCCUGGGAUUUGACGGCCCUAACAGCCAACCAUCCGUAUCAGGCUCGGGGCGUUGAGCUUGUUGGAGAUGGGACAAAUCGGGGAGGAAAAGCUCCUUCCAGACCAACAAUAUAAAUUAGACUUGGCCUUCAUUGGUCAGCUGUAAUCGACGUCAUCGGUUUGUCAUAUCUCCGAGGAAGGUGGAAUGGGGAGCUGACAAAGAAGCAUUACUACAUUUAUUCAGGGCUUUGAUGAGAACCUUUAUGGAUUAUGGUUGCAUGAUGUACGAAGCAGCAGCAAAAAGCAAUCUCGAAAAAUUAGACUACAAUA